AUUGUUCGGAAUAAGCCCACCUGUAUAAUAAACCCACUUUGGUUACACCCAGUCCGUGUGAACUCAAUCCAACGCAAGUCAAAUACAGGCGGUCCCCGAGAUACACGGUUAAUUGGGACCAAAAACGGACGCAAAAUACUGCGUAUCUCGAAUUUCCGCGUAUGUCAAAUCUUGUAAUUUCCAACCAAAAUAUCACAAACGUUCGUGUAAUUUUGUACGUAGAGGGUGGUUUUUGCCACCAAAUUAAUUAUGAUUCUAAUUAAUAUGAUUCUGACUGAAUUUAACAGUUUCAAACCUUUUGAAAUGGCUUUUUAACAUUCGAUCAAUACGGAAAUUAGAUGGCAUUUGACAAUUGAUGUGUAAAAUCAGUACAAUUUAUUCAGAGAACUGUAAAAUUUAGAAGACCGCGUAUCUCCGAAUCCGCGUUUAAGAGGUACCGAGUAUGUCGGGGAUCGCCUGUAUAGUUUAAAGCAAUCGAAGGCCCAACAGCUAUAAAGCUUUCGCCAUAAAAGCUUCUUCGUGCACGCACUCACGCAGCUGUCAGUCGGAGGUAAAUAAACAACCGCCAGCCGGUUACAUCAAAGCGGCAUUUUCUCUCCACUAAUUUUCCUGUGAGUUCGAUAAAAAAAACCCUUUGAUGUUGGCUAGCACACGAACAUUUCAGCUCAAGGCAAGACUCAAAACAUUGCUGCGACAGCCUGCACGAUGGUACACAGAGCGAAACAUUUUAAAGCUGAGAGACCGCGGUUUCAUACAGGACGUUUUCCCAGCGGAAACGAUUGAUAAAGCCAGCUCGAUGUUAGGCUCCACCUGCCAGACAGUGUAUGCCGGGUUCGAUCCAACCGCCAACAGUCUGCACGUGGGCAAUCUUCUGGUGCUGAUCGGGCUGUUGCACACGCAGCGUGCUGGCCACCAACCGAUCGCACUGGUUGGCGGUGCUACCGGGCUGAUCGGAGACCCUUCCGGCCGCAAAACCGAGCGACAACAGCUCGAAACGGAAGCGGUAGAGCACAACGUGACCUGCAUCAGGCGGCAAAUAGAGACGAUUUUCGCGAACCACGAGCGCUUCUUCUGGGACCGACCUAGUUCGCUGAAACCGGUGCUGGUGGUGAACAAUGCGGACUGGUACCGGCAAUACAGCUUCGUCGAUUUCAUGGCGAACGUCGGCCGCCACUUUCGGAUGGGAGCGAUGCUUUCGCGCUCCUCCGUCCAGACCCGUCUGACGAGCGAGUCCGGCAUGAGCUUUACCGAGUUUUCCUACCAGCUGUUCCAGGCGUACGAUUGGUUGCAUCUGUUGCGCCAGCACAAUUGCCGGUUUCAGCUCGGCGGCUCGGACCAGAUGGGCAACAUCAUGUCCGGCCAGGAGCUGAUCAGCCGCACAGACGGGAAGGAAGUGUUCGGGCUGACACUGCCCCUCGUCACCAACGAGGAGGGCGACAAGUUCGGCAAGUCGGCGGGCAAUGCGGUGUGGCUGUCGGACGACCGCACCUCGCCGUAUGCGAUGUACCAGUUCUUCGUCCGUACGCCCGACUCGGAGGUGGAGAAGCUGUUGCGACUGCUCACCUUUCUGCCGGUGCAGACGAUCGAGCAGGCGAUGGCGAGGCACCGGCGGACGCCGGAGCUGUGGGAAGCUCAGAAGCUGCUGGCCGGCGAGCUGACGAAGCUGGUGCACGGGGAAGCGGGCCUGUACAAGGCGAUGGCCAUCAGUCGGGCACUGUACAACGGCGACCUUUCCACGCUCGAGCAGCUGGAGGUGCGGGACGUGGCGCAAAGCUUUGGCGGGGCGCCACUGUGCGAGAUACUGCCCGAGCCGGGCAUGACGGUGCUGGAUGUGGCGUUGCGGGCCCGCUGCUUUCCCAGCCGUGCAGAUGCGGAACGGAUUAUCGGUGCCGGUGGGUUCAGCAUCAAUCUGAAGAAGGCCAAAAAUCCGGCCGAGGUGCUGUCACCCUCAGUGCACAUCCUGUCCAAUCGGAUAUCGCUGCUGCGGGUUGGGAAGCGAAACUAUUACAUCGUCAAGUGGUUGCUGUAGAUCAGCGGAAGCUAUAAAUGAAGAAAUUAUAGCGCCAUAUGGAACCGGUCUCAUGUCGGAUGUUCUGUAGAUCUUAAUUUAAAAGCUUAUUUCUAUGAAUAAAAAACACAUGAGCCGGAGGAAA